AUGACCUUUAGCUGUUCCUCCAGUGUGCUAGGGCAGACGGCCUCUCUCUGUUUGACCUCACCUGUGGUGCCUCCCCUGCCCCGCCUGCUACUACUGACAGCACUGGACCACUUCCUCUCAGUUUGCCCCACCACUCUCACCGUUGACCUCCUCGAGAAGGCCCUCCUAGCAGCAGAGAAGAGCAUAGUCGCUGUAGGAGCCUCUCGUGGUGACCCUCGCACCCCCGUCUUUGAGGGGUGUUCCCCCUCCCCCCUCUUGCCCUCCGUUGCUUCUGCUGCUGCGGCCAACCUCGUUGGUUUGGAGUCGGUCGGCGCCGCGUCUGCCCCUAGCGGGAAACGCCGCACCGGCAAGGGCAAGGGAAGCAAGGGCGCUGGAGGGGCUGGCGGGGGCGGUGGAGGUGGUGGUGGAGGCAGUGGAGGGGGUGGGGGUGGUGGUGGGAGUGGUGGCGGGGGUGGAGGUGUCGGUGGCAGAAGUGGUGGCGGAGGAGGCGGUGGCGGUGGCGGAGGUAGCGGAAGCGGCGGAGGUGGUGGAGGCGGCGGAGGUGGCGGAGGCAGCGGAGGCGGCGGAGGCGGCGGAGGCGGCGGAGGCGGCGGCGGCAGCAGUGGACCUGGUCGCGGCUCUUCGCAGAGGAGUGGCUCCGGUGGUGGUCCGCGCCAACAGCAGCAGCGCAGUCAGGAGACCCUGUCCUCUCAGCAGCUUCGUGAGUGGGCGGGGGUUGCCAUCUUUGAUCUUGACUAUGAUGCUAUCCUUGCUGCCAUGUAUUCUGUGACUACUAGUGUUGAGGGUGACUAUUUCUUGUGUGUACCGCCUGACCCGGGCAUUAAGGCCACUGCUCUAGGUGCUGGUGAGGCUGCUGCUCUCGGUGCUAGUGCGUCUGCUGCCCCAGGUGCUUGUGCGUCUACUGCCCCAAGUGCUGGUGAGUCUGCUCUCUCAGGUACUACGUCGGCUCAGGCCUUACACACCUUCACCCUUGACUCGGGUGCGUCCCGCUCCUUCUUUCGAGACCGCACCACUCUUACGCCGCUCAGUCGGCCGGUUGCAGUCUCCUCGGCGGACCCCUCUGGGGGUCCUGUCCUUGCUAGCUUCUCCACUGUCUUACCGUGCCUGGCAGCCCCCUCUAGCACCCUAUCAGGUCUCUACCUCCCCUCGUUCUCUAUGAACUUGGUGAGUGGAGCGGACCUACAGGAUAGGGGGGUUGACCAGUUCACUCUAGCGAGUCAGCAGGUGACCCACUGCACGUGUGCUCGGACAUGCCGACACUUGGCCACGUUCACCCGUCGACCAGGGUCGAGCCUGUACACCCUUACUACUGAAUUUUCUCCGGCUGCUGAGUCUGGCCAGGUAGCUGCGUCGAGUCAGGUGUUUGCUGCAGCGUCCAGGUAG